AUGUACGUAACAGAUGCGGCGAAAUACGCCACUAUUCUCAAAUACCACGUGAAUAGAAAAACAAUUGGCUAUUUAGUAGCUAUAGCCAAAGGAGCGAGGAUGAUUUAUGACGACGAUGAAGAAAUUGGACACGAAUGGCUGGCCUCUAGCCCGCCUCUAGAUAACAAAGGUGCUGAUAUCCCUUUUGUUAUACCAGCAGGUAAAGUGAAUUUUUGGAACCCUUUUUCAUAUUUUUACUCCAAAAAAGACGUUCGGCCAAGAGAUCUUCCAGAAGAGGUGUCGAGACGUCCUGCCUGCAGUGCUCCUCCGGUGCCAUACGCAUUGCGGAAUUCAAGUGAAUUACUUGUCCACUAUCUCAUAGAUGGGUAUGCCGAUGUACCGGAAGGAAUUCUCAAGUCGCCAUUGAAAUUCAACAAAUCUGUUGGGGGCCCCGUGGAAAUACAAGAAGGAACAUUUGUGCCAAAUAUCCAGCAUUCAACGCUACAUAUGUAUGAUGUAUUUUGGGGGCUUUUGUUACCCACCACAUGUGAGGAGUCGAUAUGUGAUAUUAUUCGUGGUUAUAUAACUCAAAGACUUCUGUGGGAUAUCAGCGGUAGCAUGUCGGUCUCACCGCCCUGGACUAAGAGAACGACUCCAUCCCGUCGAACAUCGGGACAAAACUCUCAGUCUAAGGACACAACGCUGAUCAAACUGACCAAUCUUUUACUUGCAUGGUCCAGCAACUCAGCGUCAAUAGAUAAGAGGCUAAAAGAACUGUAUCUGUAUUUAUUCGACAAAGGAAUCAUUUUGAAAGAAGAUCUGGCAAUAUUAGACACUUGGAUACAGUUGCUGAAGACAGCUGGGUAUGUCUUCCCGCGAGCCCACGUACCAAGCUGGGCCGAAAGACGGGCGAUGCCCAAACCUUGGGACGACGUUAGGUUGUGUGUUCAUUUCAAUCUCAUUCCCGGCGAGCAAGCAUUUACAACAUUGUAUCAAAUGUACAGCAGACAUUUUAAGGAGAUAACAUUCAUGGGGGAAGGCGCUACUCAGCCGUUUAUGGAUACAAGCGUUCCUUUCCUGCCGUGCACGGACAAGGAACAAGAAGGUGGCAAGUUUCCGCACCGCUGUCUUCUAAAUCAUCUCACCUAUGAAGGGUUUGGAAACAAAAAUACGUCUUUCCUUGUCGUCAGUGAUGAUACCUUCUUUAAUCUUUCAUCUUUUUUGUCCUAUCGCCGAGACGCCAUGUGGAUAUUGGGUCCCAUAGAAACAUACGACAUAAAUAUCAAGUGGCCAGACGGGUGGAUGUGGUGGCUGCAAACGUACGGUGGCGCCGCGUUGCGGAAGAUCAUCGAUAUUAUGCCUGAAGCGUGGAGGGAAGGCUUGGCUCACGUGAAAAAUUGGACGAAAUCAGGAAAGCGAUUGAUAUCUAAGUAUUACGCAGACACGGUAUUCAUCCCAAAUAACCGAUACCGGGCACGAUUUAUUGAGGUUUUGAAGUGGAUGACGGAACCUGACAUCCCGCGUUUAUUUGCUGAAAUUGCCGUGCCAUUAUUAGUUGACCUAACCACGGAGAAGGCAGACCGAUCAGACGUCAUUCCGAUGAAGAACAGUUAUCCAUGGUCGGAUCUCGGUGCAGCGCUUCAGGCGCGGUCGUGCAAUUUACUACACCCCUUAAAAUUGUCCAAAGAUAGUGAUAGGAUUACGUGGCUCUCCAUGUUUAAAAGCGUUGAGAAGCUUUUACAGACACCCUAA